AAAUACUGGCAAUAACAAGAACUGUUGUCAUCCAGUGAGUUCGUGUUUGAUGAUGAAUUCACAUCAAAUCAAAACCGCUGUGUGGAGCAGGGAUUAGUGCGCGCUCCUGUCGCUUGUACAGGGAGCGCGCCCGCCGCAUUUAAAGCUGUCACAUCUCCUGCGUCACUACUACACGCUGCCCGUCUGAGGAGAGUUUACAUUCAGAGCACGGAGAGAAACACACACUCACUCACACACACACACACACACACUGCAGGAGCACAGCGCCAUGGCGUCUGCCAGUGUAGUGGGGCAGCUCCCCGGUCAGCACCGGCUGGAUUCGGACCAGCCGCUCUUUGUCUUCAAACUGACCGGCGUCAGGAAGAAGAUCACCCCGCCGAGGAAAACCUCCCUGGAGAAGCUGAUGUUCAGGAGGAGGUCGGGCAGCGGCGGGGAGAGCGGGUCCGUCCCCGGUGUGGAGGGAGCGGGAAGUCAAGCGGGAGAAGCGCCGCUGAGGGGAGGAAUGAUGCCCGGGGAAGGAGACGGAGCAGCGCCACGUAGCCCGGACCGGGAGGGCAGCUGCGACAGGCGCGGGGCCGGGGACAGUCAAACACGGCUCAUCACCGCCGCUGAGCGCAACAUCCACUGUGACUCCAACCAGAACACCGGUGGUCGCAGGGGAGCUUCGCUCAAGAGGUCGGGCAUCACUACCAUGCACAGCGACGGCAGCUGCCGGCAUCGAGACCGGGAGUCACGGAACGGAGACAGCGGGCAUGAGAGCAACCCCUCGUCCGUGUCAGCGCCGGGAGACAGCGGAGGUCUCCCGCUGGAGCGGCUCACUCAGGCCCGGAGUGGAGUGGUGAGACUGGCCCGCCUCGAGCCUUCCCGCAGGGAGGCCUGGUCCAUCUUCCCCCAGGGACUGGACCCCCGGGUGAGGACCGAGAAGGGUGAAGGACACAGGUUCGAGUCCAAGCCCGUCACGCAGGACUGGUGUGACGCCUGUAGCCGUAAGGUCACGGCUCAGGCACUCAAAUGUCAAAACUGCAGCUACACCUGUCACCUGGAAUGUCAGCGUCAGGUCCAGCUGGACUGCAACCAGAGGGACAGACAGGGUGAAAAAACUCCUUCUCCCAGCAGCAGCCGCUCCUCCACAGGCCCUCAGCACAAGCAGAAUGAGACGAAGGAGGAAGAGGCGGGAGGGACGAAAGAGCUGUCGGUGGAAGAGGUGCAGACCAGGAUAGAAGAGUAUAACGCUCAAGUCACUGAAAAUAGGAUGAAACUGGUUUCAGAGGGAUUCUUCACAGGUUUCAUUAAGGUCCACCUGAGGCUCAGUCGACCAGUCACAGUCCCCUCUGUGGCAGCGGCAGGUUCAGAGGGAACGCCCCGGCAGACGGCCGGUAGUGAUCGAGUGACGUCUGGGGAUCAAGAGGAGACGGACUGCGGUCAGAGUGAAAAGAGAACAUCCUUCUACCUACCAAGCGACUGUGUGAAGCAGCUCCACAUCAGCUCUCUGACCACCACCAGAGAGGUCAUCCAGGCCUUGCUGAAGAAGUUCAUGGUGCUGGACAAUCCCAGCAAAUUCGCAUUGUACAGGCAGACGCACCGCGACGGACAGGAUCUCUUCCAGAAGCUUCCUCUGGGUAAGCGUCCUCUUCUUCUGAGGUUGGUUGCCGGGCCUGAACCAGAGCAGCUCAGCUUUGUCCUGAAGGAAAAUGAGACUGGAGAGGUGCAGUGGCAUGCGUUCUCUCUCCCUGAGCUACAAAACUUCCUGGUAAUCCUGGAGAAAGAGGAGGCGGAGCGCGUGCGGGCCGUGGGGCAUAAAUAUGCCAUGUACCGACAGAAGCUACAACAGGCCCAACGACAACAUGACCCCUGACCCCCUCACCUGUUACCUUAUGACCUCUAUUCAGGGAGAGACUGACGCAGCCAUCUAUUCAGAGACUGGAGCCGGAGCUCAACUUGUGUGUCCCCCCCCCCCCUCCACAGAUACACACAAACACACAGUACAUCCAUAUACACACACACACACACACACACACACACACACACACACACACACACACACACACACACACACACACACGGAUGUGCACACUUUCUCAGGACGUAUACAAACCCCCAACCCCCCCACAAGCUCCAUUCUCUCCCUGAGGAGAGAAUCGGGGGUUGACAGCGGCGUGAGACUCUACAGGGUGUGUGGUCUGCUCACUGGUCGGACAUGUAGUGUUUUUAUUGCCAAGGACACAAACACAAAGUUCCAAACACUUUCUGUGUGUGAGACUUGAGAUUUCAUUUGGGACUGAUGUGAAUCAAUGGUGUUUUUGAAGACUCCAUCUUCUUCUGCUACUGCUGCUGCUGCUGCUACUGCAAGUGUUACUUAUGCAUGAGUCUCUCAGCUCAUCCCCUCUGCACAUAGUUAGAAUAGAAACAGAAGGCAUGAUUACUUUUUGCUGCAUCUGUGUGGGAUGGAAGGACAAUCAUACUGUGUGCUUCUCUUUUUUUAUCAGAACUGGUGUGCAUAGGGUUCUCACAGGAUGUUAUAUUGGAAUAUGUGUGAAUUUGUGAGGGAGGGGUUUACGGUGAGGUACUUGCCAAUCUUGGAGCCCAUUGGCUAUCGAAUGAUGACAAUUUAAGGCCUGGUCACACAUAUACGCACAUAAUGUGAAUAUCACAGGUCAAAGUUCACCAAAGUUUAACUACAUGCAAAGCCACACUAUAAGAUUUGCUUUACCACAGGAAGCAAAUGGUCUAUUCACUUCCUCACUUACACCGAUUGAAAGCAAAUGGAAUGUUCGCCACUGAAACAUUUGCAUGUGUGACCGCUCUUAGCUUCUGGGGGCAACGGACAAUAUUUUGGGGCGUCUGGUAUAAACAGCAGAUAUCUGGCCGUCUUCCAUUCACUGAACACUGUUUACAGUGCGACACGUUUCUUUUAUCACACACGUCGAAAGUUUCUUCUCAACCAAUACAAACAGUGAUACAUUUUGUAGGUCCAGACAACAUUUGAGCUAAUCUCUAUUAUAAAUUUAAAAAAGCAGAGAGCCGACACAUUUCAGUCAAAGUGUUCAGUUAUUUUGCUCUUCACACGGGCUGUUUACCUGUGGGCAACGAAAGCCUGCUUAAUCCUGAUUGGUCAAACUAGAGACACCAGAAGGCUUCUAGCCCCAAAAUCAUGGCCCUCGCCCACGGAUUCUGCAUAUUCACAAGCAGAAUCUGUUUAUAGAGAUUAGGUUGUGGCUACCAGUGCUUCACCUUAAACAAAGGGUAGGAAGCAGACAGCUGUGUUUGUUUUCCACGCUUAGAACAAGAAGGAAUGGAAGGAAAAGAAAGCGAGAUCCAUUCUCUCAGGGAGCAUGUGUUGAGCAAAGAGAAAACUUAAAGUAGGAAAGAGAAGCCUCUUCCUCCCGACACCACCUUACUUCAGUUCUCAUCUGUUCAGUUAAAUGCCAUGAGAAGGACCUGUAUGUGUGAAGAUGCUGUCGGGUGCUUCACUCGACAGAGAGAUCUUCAGUCAGACUCAGUUACCACCUUUCUCCUUGCUCCUUCAAACAGGCACAUGAUCUUAACCUCUUCUUGGAAGAUAAACUGUGACUUCAUUCCCCCCCCCUGAUCUAACCCACCUUGCAUGAACUCCACCUGCAAAUACAGGGACAAGACAAUUUACAGAUUUUACACUUUGCAUACAACGCUAUGGGAUAUGGGUUGUAAUUGAAUGUGAGAGGAGUUUUUUUUACACCAAAGCUUAGAGGGACAGAUCUAUUGAGAGAAUAUUAAAGGGAACAGAGACAUUUGGACGUUUAUUGAAUUAAAGGUAGUGUAUGUAAAAAUGAAACCCGCUUCUGUUUUGCACAUAUUGAUGCAGGUCACUGAAUGGCCCACAACUCUGGGGUCUGGGCAUGCAUUUCUGUUUUCCUUUUCUUUUUAUCUUCCCACCUUGCACCCAAAAAAAGAAACUAUAAAAUUCUAUAAAAUUCAUAAUAAUGGCUAUGAUGUACCAACGAUGUGUUUGCAAUGCAUAUGUAUUAUGUAGACACUGGAAAAAGAGAGACAAGGUUUAACUUUGUUGUUAUUACAGAUAUUAAUAUUCCUUUGGUAUCAUUCCUACUGGUAUGCAUGUGUGUGUGUAUGUGUGUUUGCUCUUCUAGGGCAGUGAGGAAAAUGUGAAUUCUGUUUCAUGAUGAGUGUCUGUGUGUCAGCACUCCAUAAUUGGGCCUCACUUACCAAGUAUUGCAACAUAUAGCGCAGUUAGUGCACAUUUACUAUCAGACAACUAUAACAUUACAACUAGGUUGUUUUGGAAAAUGUAUCAUAAACUUAAUGCAUUUUAAAAAAUCAUUUACAGAAAACUUUCACACAUCCUGAUGGUUCUUUAUUUAUUCCGUGCGCAUACUGAUAAAUGAGGCCCGUUGUCCAUAAGCACAUGCUUCUCAGUGAACCUAGACCCUGUUUAACAUCACCACCCAAAGCCCAAGCUGUUCUGCUGGCAGUGCCUUUUGUUUCAUGUGUUAUCCCUCCUGUGCAUAAGCUGUGUUUCAGCACACAGGUGCCUGCCUGAGUGUGUGUGUGUGUGUGUGUGUGGUUCUGCAUGUUUGUUGGACGGUGUCCCCCUAUCUCCUUAACACGUGUGUCUGUCCAACAAAUCCUGGAUGUGUGUGUGUUUGUGUGUGUGUGUUAUUUAUUAUAUUUCACACCAUCCACAUGAUAAACAUUAUGUGUAGGAUGUUGAGACUUAAAGCUUUUUUUGCAAUUCAUUUUGUUUUAUCUGAAGAAGUGUGUAUAAAUAUAUCGGUAGAACUGUACAGAAUAUCAAAAUGAAAUAAACAAGGUCAUCUCUUUA